CCAUCCUUCCCUGAGAGGCGGCGAGGGGUCGCCAUCCCUGUGCAUGCACGGACAGCUCAGGGACCCGCACCGCCCUGCGAGCUCUCGGCUCCGGCUCAGAGAUCGCUUCCCGUGGCUGCUUGGGGCAUUCCGGCUUUUCCAGCGAGCAGUGGGGACAUCGGGAUGCUGUCCCAGCAGCGCGGAGGAGGGAGGAGGACAUCGGCCUGAACGCUGGGGACACCGGGUAUAAUCCUUUGACAUCUUUGAGUCCUUGGAGGUUGCUCCUCUUCCUUCCUUGACAUUGUGGCUCUCCUGUGCCUGUAGCUGGGAACAGCCAUGUCAGCCCAAAAGGACAGAUGGGUUUCUUCCUUGGUUUUCCUUCUCUUCUGUGCUUGCUCCAUUCCAAGGAGUGGAAGUGCCAGCCUGCAGCAGGAGCCAAGCCCCCAGCACUAUUUCAGUGGUUUGGAAGCUGGGAAAGCAUCCCUGGCUUUUUUCACCCCCAGUGUUUCUCCUGGUGCCCAACCCUUCUUGGAGCAGAUUGAGAGCUCAGCUGAGGCCCUCCAGGACUAUGGCAUUUCUGUGGUGAAGGUGAAUUGUCCCAAAGAGGAUGUCUCAAGAUACUGUGGAAAAGAAAAUGCAUUGAGAAAAGCCUUCCUGUUCAGAGGACACCGACUGAUCCGGGAGUUCCCCACCGACGCCCUGUUCGACGUCAACUCCAUCGUGUCCAACGUUCUGUUUGCCCUGCUCUUUAAUGAAGUUAAAUAUGUUGAAACACUGGCAGAUCUUGAGAACAUUGAAAAUGUGUUGAAAGGGAAGUCCAACAUGGUCUUUGCCUACGUGCCAGCUACUGGGACAGCAGAGCACAGAGCUGUGAUGGAGGCAGCUUUUGUCUAUGGGACCAUCCACCAGUUUGUCCUGACAACUGAGGCAGCACUGCUGAAAGCCACCAGCCUUGAUGACCCUGAUGUCUCUUCUGCCUGGCUCUUGUUCUGCCACUGCCAGCAAGCCACAGAGCCAGGCCAGCCCUGCAGGAGGACAGCCCUGGCACAGCCCCUGACCCUGCUCAACAUCCACAGGCACCUCAAGCUCAUGGGGGCUCCCUUGGUGACAGAGGUUGCUGAGGACCCAGAGAAGAUCUCCACUGUUCACCUGCAGCUGGGGCUGCCCCUGGUGUUCAUCCUGAGCCAGAAAGAGACCUAUGAGGCUGACAGGAGGACAGCAGAGUUUGUGGCCUGGCAGCUCCUGGGGAAAGCAGGAGUUGCCCUUUUAUCCAGGGAUCUCGUUGAUCUGAACAUUCUGCACCGAUCAAACGUCGCCCUCAAGACACCAGAUGAGGGAAUGCCAAUCCAAUACCUGGUCUUGGAAGACACUGAUGAAGUUGUAACUCUGGUGGAAAAUAAGAACAAGGUCAAACAAAUCCAGGAGGAUGAGCAGGAGGAGGAGGAAGAUGAGGAUGAGAAAGAGAAUAACAAUCAAGAUAUUCAGGAUGACCAGGUGGUGGAAGCAGUUGCCAGGGACAAGAAGAGAGAGCUGCCCCUGGAGCAGAUCCUUGUCCUGACAGAGGAGAACUUCCACUCUUCCCUCUCAGAGGCUGCCAGGACAGUGGUGCUGUUUUAUGCCAGCUGGGAAGCUGUGUCCCUGGCAGUGCUGCGCUCUUACUGUGAGGUGGCUGCUCACCUGAAGGGAACCCCAGGGGUUUUGCUAUCCCAGGUGAACUGCUGGGACUGGCCUGGCCUUUGCUCCCAGGAGAAUGUCACCCAGUUCCCCACCAUGAGGAUUUACAGGGAGGGACAGCAGUCAGUGACAUAUGGUGGCAUGUGGGGAGCUGAAGAGCUGAGCAGCUUCAUCCUGCUGAGCCAAGUUUCCUGCCCACUCAAGUUGGCCACCGUGGAUGAAGCAGAAGGAUAUUUAAGAGGGGAGUUUCCAUCUGAGCUCUCAUCCCAGCACCACACCUCACUGCUGGGAGUUUUUAGCACAGCCACCAGCAAAGCCAGGGAAGCUUUUGAAGAGGCAGGAAACAUCCUAAGUGGCCACAUAAGGAUGGGGAUGUAUUUUGAAGAUGAUGCCUUGGCUUUAUCCCAAAAAUACUCGGUGUACCCCCCUGCCCUGCUCCUCGCCCGCAGCGGAGGCCGCAGCGUGGAAGGCAUCGCUCUGUCCAAACACAGCCUGCAGGACAUGGUGCAGAUGAUCAGAUAUCAACUGCUGGACAUUUUUCCAGAAAUCACUGUGCCAAAUCUGCCCCAGUACCUGCAGCUUGGAAAGCCCUUCCUCAUCCUGUUCAGUGCUGGUGACAUCAGCCAGGUGGAAAGCAAGGAAAUGCUGAAGCUGGCAAAAGGAAGACCCCAGCAGGAAUUUGUGGCUUGCUGGUUGAACCUGAAGAAGACUCCAGUGGGAUAUGGGAUCCUGAGGACCUAUUUUUCCACCACACCUUCCUUGCCUGUUCUCCUGUGGGUGAACCUCCAUGUUGGGGGUCAGGUAUUCAAGUUCCCAUCAGAGCAGUCCAUCACUGAGAUGAACAUCUUGUCAUGGCUGCAGAAGCUCCAAGCAGGACUGGAGAUUCCCAGCAGUACCUUGUCUGAGGAAGACUGGAAGCCACCACUCCCUGCUUACAACUUCCUGCAGAUGAUGGAGCAUUCUGUGCCUCAGCUGUCCCCCCACCCCGGGGACACCCCGGCACAGCACCCACCCAAAGGCCCCGGAGGGGACACUGCUGGAGGGGACAGUGCCAGCCGGGAAGAGCCAUCCCAGGAGAGCACGGCAGAGGAAGGUGCCUCCCCUGGGAGGGGCCUGAGGGGGACAGCCCCGAGGAUGGCAGCCAGGGACAAGCAGGGCAAGAGGCACAGCGAGCUCUGAGAGGUGUGGGGCUGCCCUGGAAAACCUCACACUUUGCCAGCCUUUUCUGCAGGGAGAGAAGAGGUUUCAGCUGUCAGGGAGUGCUAAGGGAAAGGCCACUCCCUGCUGCAGAGUGCUGGGGGCUUCUGAUGCCAGGAACGUGUCUGCACAUCCCUCCUGCUGUUCCCUGGCUGCUUGUUCUCGAGCAACAAGCUACACUGGGAAAGACAAAUCUGCUCUGUAGAUUCCCCAAGUCUCAGAGUCACUUCAGCACCCCUGAGCAGGAAGGGGUGAGUGAUCCCAAGAUAAAAAGCCCAUUUCUCUCCUCCCUGGUUGCAGGAGAAGCUCUGCUGAUGUGUGACAGAAAAUCCUGCAAUUCCAUCUGCACUGGAGUCAGCAUUCCACCACUCCAGGGCUGCUCCAACCAGCCCCCAGUUGUGUUACACCUGACUUGUGACCCGAAUUCAGGGGGAAGAGGGAGGAUCUGAUGGAAGCAGAUUUAUUCCAGAGGCCAGAGCUCAGGUCACACAACAGUCCUGAAUAGCUGGGACAAAACUCUGCCAGCAAAUCCCGAGGGUGGGCAGGUUGGGAGAUGGCUUUCCUCACUGCUGGCAUUUUCUUGGGCACAAGCCCAGGGGGUUAUUUGCAGCCUCCAUUUGUCUUUGCUCUCAGUGACAGCAGUGAGGUUGGUGCCUCCUGAGCUGGGAGUGGUGCAGGGAGCAAGGUCUGAGUGCUGUGGAAGAAGAGAAGAAGGGCAAGGCUGGACUCUUCCAAGGUGGGAUGGAGCUGCUUCACAUCCAAAACUUAACUGGGGAGAUGCAAAGCCUAAGGAAGUGGAUUUCCAGCCUCUGCACAUCUGGGGACAAGAAAUGGCUGGGGGUUGAAACUAGAUAGUUUUUAAGGUCCCUUCCAACCCAAAGCAUUCUAGGAUUCCAUGAUCUUCCCACUCCCUUCAAUGAACAUCUUCCUUCCACAGCACUGCUGGGUGUCAGAUCCUCCUCCUACCCCUUAGGGCUCUGGAGUUACUGGGAAGAGAUAAACAUGCUGGUAAGGGACAGCUGAGAGCAUUGCAAACUCUCUGUUUCUCAUUCUGCAAGCAGCACACAUGGCUGUGAGACUUCUGAAAUAUCCAGAAAUAGAUCAUUAUUCCCGGGCUCUCCUGGAAGCCCUUAAUUGAGAGAGACCGUUUUUGGACUGAAGGCUUUGAGCCAAAAUGUAUGUAUUUAAAGGAAUAAAGUGCAGCCUGCUGAUCAAAGGCAUUAUUCCCAAGGGAAGGGUGUGAGCAGAUCCUUCGUGUGUUCCCGUCAUUGCUCCGUCAGGUCCUUAUAUUGCUGAAUUCCAUAAGCUCUACAUUGCUCAUUUCCCAUCCUGCCCCUGAUCAUCAGCAUCAAAUCCCAGAAUGGGUUGGCUUGGAAGGGACCUUAAAGCUCAUCCCAUCUCAUCCCAUCC